AUGAUGAACUUCUGCGUGCCCAAAUCGGUGGGCAAUGGCGAAAAUGGUGGGAGUAUUGACCUUGGUAUUGAUGGCAUAAAUCCCCAAAACCCUCGCAGCAAUUUCGGCAUCUUGGCUGAAGAACCGGUGGGGUUGGCGGGUGAUGAGGUAGGGAGGAGGGGUGGUAGGUGGUUGUCUCUCAACAACAAAGAGAAAUCAAGAGGGGAGGGGAGAGGGUCUGGUUGCUGGUUUGGGUGGAGGGUAGGGAGGAGCUUGGGUUUUGGGUUCAUGGGGCCUGGAAUGGAGGGUGGUUGUUGGAUGGGUUUGGGUGGAGAGUGGUUGUGGGAUGGGUUUGCGGGUUGGAGCUUAAAGGAGCUCGAGUCUAUGGAUUCAAAACCUUAUGCCCGUCUUUCUGCAACACAAGGGACACCAGGUAAGCUCGCUCUUUUGAGCUCAUCUUCACUCGCAGGUUCUCUUCCUAUCCGAGCUCCUCCUACUCCUGAUUCUGAUUCUGACUCUGAUUCUGAAUUCAACGGUCAUGAUUUGGGUUAUAGCAGUAGUUGUAAUAUUAGCAGUAUUGGUUGUGAGAGUGGGUCUGAAUCUGAGGCCUUUGUGACUGGGGAGGAGUUUGAAACGGUGUCGGAGAGGCCAUUGGUGGCAGACCCAGAGGAGGAAGCUCUUGAACAGAGUGACUCUGUUGAAAAAUAUGAGCUUUCUUGGCCUUCUGUGGCCUACCCAGAUGAGUUUGAACCUGUUUUCGAGAAAGUUAUGGUGGAUGAUGCAAUUUCACAGAGGGUUAUGCCCAUUGCACAGUUGUCAUGGGAGAGUGAUGAUAAUGAUGUGGUAGGUAGUGAAGAGGUUUUGAGUGAAGUGGAAAAUGGUGAUUUUUUGGGUCAGGUUAAGGUUCCUGGUAAUGGGUUUGUGGAGAAGCUUAGUAUUGCACCAAGAGUUAAGGUUUCUGAGGUUAAAGAAGGAGAAGAAGAUGAGACAGUGAAGUGGGAAGAGCCUUUGGUAGUUGAACAAUCUGAACCUGCCAUAGAGGUAAAGAAUGUUGAAGGUGUUGAGGGUGAUUUGAAUAAUUUUGGCAAAGGUCAAAAUGGAGAUUCCGUUCAAGCUGAAUGGAUUGAAGAUAAUGGUCUUGCUAUGACAGAGACAAAUGAAGCAAAUGCUGGGGAGUUGAGCAUUAAUGUAUUUGAAGAAGAGGAGAAAGCAAAGUAUGUGGCAGAAGAAUCCUUUGUGCAUUGCCCAAAUAGCGAAAGGAAUGGCGUUGAUUUAGGCGUCGAGUGGAGCGAAAAUCAGACUUUGUUUUUGGAAAAUUGUGAUUUAUCUGAGCUUACUAAGGAUGAGGAAUUUGAAAAUGCACUAUGUAUUGAUUUGCUUAAAUCAAUCACGCUGAACUCACUAUCUGUUACUCUCUUAUGCAAGAAUGUGGCAGAAAAUGCUGGUGCUGUGAAAUUUCAAGGCGAUACAGUAUAUGGAGCCAAAGUGGAAGUAUCUCUCAAGGAGAAGGAUAUCCCUGCAGAGAAAGAACAAACCAGCUUGGUUCUGCUUGGGGAAAAUAUUAGUAUCACACCUGGAGUUAUGGUAGUUGAAGAAGGAGAAGAAUACGGGCCAGUGCUGCGGAAAGAGUCCUUGGUCAUUAAACAGUCUGAACCUUCCAUAGAGUUAAACUGUGUAGAGUGUUCAGACUUUAAAGGCCAAAACGGGGAUUCUAUUCAAGCUGAAAUGAUUGAAGAUAAUGAUCUUGCUGCUGCAGAGAUCAAUGACAACUUUAAUGUAUGGGAAGGAGGGGAGAAAGCCGAGUAUGUGGCAGAAGAAUCCUUUGUGCAUUGUCCAAAUAACAAAAGGGAUGGUGUUGAUACUAGCAGAAGUUUUGAGGCACUGGAAAAAGGAAUGCAUUCGGGAACUGAUUUUGGUGUUGAGAAGAAUGAAAAUCAAAUUCAGGAAAUCAUGUAUUUGGGUAAUGGUGAUUUGUCUGAAGCUACUGACCUUGAUAGAUUUGAAUAUGCACUGUGUUGUGAUUUCCUUAAAUUGAUCACACCAAGUUCCAAUGUGACACACAAACACAUUUUUAGGGGUCAAACCGAAGUAAGAAAUUUCAACAUAGAUGGAACAGCUGCUAGUUUAACUGUAACCCUUUCAGAUGAGAAUGUGGUCACCGGACUAAAGAUUGAGGAUCAAAUGACUAUUGGGAAGCACUUGGUUUUGGCUGGAAGUGCUGGAGCUCUUCAGUUUGAAGGUGAAACAGCACAUGGAGCCAAAUUGGAAGUGCGUCUCAAGAAUAAGGAUUGCCCUAAAAGGCAGGACCAAACUGGCUUGGGUUUGUCUCUGAUGAAGUGGGGAGGUGGUCUUGUUCUAACAGCCGAUAUACUAUCUCUGUUCUCUGUUGGAGGUUCUAAAAUGGCUGUUCAUGUUGUAUUGAACAACAAGCAAAGGGGUCAGAUUGCCAUAAGGACAAGCAACUCGGACAAAUUCCAAAGUGCACUUCCUUGGCCUCCAAGUCUCGUGGAGUCUUGGCCUCCAAGUUUCAAUUUGUGUUUCCUCUUUUCCAUUAUUUCUGUUCUGUCUGGAUGGCAACGUCAUUCCCCGUCCCCAAAUGGCGAAGCUCUUCCAAUGAACUUCAAAUCCUUCGCCACACACUCCUUUUCGUUCAAACCCAGGGAGGCCACAAUGGCUGUGAUUCAAACCUCUCCUUACAGGGUUCUGUCACAAAGAACUUGCUCAUCCUUUAGGAGCACAGCUUCUGUCGGCCUCUUUUAUUUCAGAGAUAGGUCAUCAGUUAAAGUAUUCUCCCUCUUUCAUAUGGCACACCAUUCCAGUUAUUCCAAUGAUGAGUUUGCUUCUUCCUCAAAGCGAAGAUCUCGAGGACCUGUUAUGGCCGCAAAGAAAGCAGCUGAAGGGGCAAAGCAAGAAGAUGGGAAAUACAAGCACACAGUUGAUCUGCCAAAGACAUCAUUUGGCAUGAGAGCGAACUCUUUGAUACGAGAGCCUGAAAUUCAAAAAAUAUGGGAUGACAAUCAAGUGUUCAAGAGAGUUGUUGGUAAAAACACAGGGGAAAAUUUCAUUCUUCACGACGGUCCUCCGUAUGCCAAUGGUGAUCUUCACAUAGGCCAUGCUUUAAAUAAGAUUUUAAAGGAUUUUAUUAAUCGUUAUAAGCUUCUUCAAAAUUAUAAAGUUCAUUAUGUGCCUGGUUGGGAUUGUCAUGGCUUACCAAUUGAGUUGAAAGUUCUGCAAUCACUUGAUCAAGCUGCUCGAAAGGAUCUAACACCAAUAAAGUUGAGACAAAAGGCAGCUAAGUUUGCCAAGCAAACAGUUAAAACUCAGAUGGAAUCAUUUAAGCGUUAUGGAGUGUGGGCAGACUGGAAUAAUCCCUACCUAACUCUUGAUCCAGAAUAUGAAGCUGCUCAGAUAGAAGUGUUUGGCCAGAUGGUCAUUCAAGGUUUUAUAUACAGAGGCAGGAAACCAGUUCACUGGAGUCCCUCAUCACGAACGGCUCUUGCAGAGGCUGAAUUGGAGUAUCCGGAGGGGCAUGUGUCGAGAAGCAUAUAUGCCAUUUUCAAAUUAGUCAGUGCCUCUCCAACUUCAGGUGGCUUACUAAACGAGUAUUUCCCCAAUGUGUGCUUGGCCAUUUGGACAACUACUCCCUGGACUAUUCCAGCCAAUGCUGCGGUUGCAGUGAAUGCCAAGCUUAUAUAUGCCAUUGUUGAAGUACAGUCAGACCCAGAAGAUGUUUCUUUAUCUGAUGGAAACAAAAAACGAAGGCCCGGAAAUGUUCUAAAGGAAGAAAAUAAGCCUUUCCUUAUUGUUGCUUCAGAUCUUGUGCCAGCAUUAGAAGCAAAAUGGGGAGUGAAGCUUGUUGUUAGGAAAAGGGUGUCGGGUUCAGAUCUCGAAAACUGCAGGUAUGUCCAUCCGGUAUUUAAUAGGGAAUGCCCUGUUGUCAUUGGAGGAGAUUAUAUUACAACGGAGUCAGGAACGGGGCUGGUCCAUACAGCUCCUGGACAUGGUCAAGAGGAUUAUGUCACUGGCCUGAAGUAUGGACUGCCUAUGCUUUCUCCUGUGGACGAUGAGGGAAAGUUCACUGAAGAAGCUGGAAAGUUUUGCGGGCUUGAUGUACUUGCAGAUGGUAAUAGUGCUGUUGUGAAAUACUUGGAUGAACAUUUAUCAAUUAUCAUGGAAGAAUCCUACCAACAUAAGUAUCCAUAUGAUUGGAGAACAAAAAAACCCACAAUAUUUAGGGCGACCGAGCAAUGGUUUGCAUCAGUGGAAGGGUUUCGUGAGGCUGUUAUGGAUGCUAUUGGUCAUGUAAAAUGGAUUCCACCUAAGGCAGAAAACAGAAUAUCUGCAAUGACUUCUAGCCGCUCUGAUUGGUGUAUAUCACGGCAGAGGACAUGGGGUGUUCCAAUUCCAGUCUUUUAUCAUGUGCAGUCCAAGGAACCUCUAAUGAAUGAAGAGACUAUGGAGCAUAUCAAGUCUAUAAUAUCCGAGAAGGGUAGUGAUGCAUGGUGGUACAUGAAGGUGGAGGAUCUUCUCCCUGAUAAAUAUCGCGAUAAAGCAUCUGAAUAUGAAAAGGGGACUGACACAAUGGAUGUAUGGUUUGAUUCAGGUUCUUCUUGGGCUGCUGUAUUGGGAAAAAGAAAUAGCCAUAGUCUUCCUGCAGACUUGUACCUUGAAGGUAUGGAUCAGCAUCGGGGGUGGUUCCAGAGUUCUUUGCUGACAAGUGUUGCUACCAAAGGAAAGGCUCCAUAUUCCAGUGUUAUAACACAUGGAUUUGUAUUGGAUGAGAAGGGUUCAAAAAUGAGCAAAUCUUUGGGUAACGUUGUAGAUCCACGAACCGUGAUGAAGGAGGGAAGAACCAAAAGGUCAGAUGGCUAUGGAGCCGAUGUCCUGCGUCUCUGGGUUUCGAGUGUAGAUUAUACAGGCGAUGUAACGAUCGGCCCUCAAAUUCUCCGUCAAAUGUCAGAUAUAUAUAGGAAGCUGCGAGGAACACUGAGAUACCUUUUGGGAAAUCUGCAUGAUUGGCAUGCUGAUACCACUAUUUCAUACCACGAUCUACCCAUGAUUGACCAGCAUGCACUGUUUCAGCUUGAAAAUUUUGUAAAGAACAGUAGAGAAUGCUAUGAAAACUAUCAGUUCUUUAAGAUAUUUCAGAUCAUACAGCGGUUUGUCAUUGUUGACCUGUCGAAUUUCUAUUUGAUGUCGCCAAAGAUCGCCUUACGUUGGGUAUUCUUCCCCUGCUCUAUCUACCAGUUUCUAAGCAAGGGCACGACAAGUUUUACUAGGAGAAGUUGUCAAACAGUUCUCGCGGAACUUCUCCUUUCUAUUGUGAGAGUGAUUGCUCCAAUAUUGCCCCAUUUGGCUGAGGAUGUAUGGCAAAACCUUCCGUUUCAGUACACCGACGAAGAUGGCUCUGCUGCUGAAUUUGUUUUUGAGUCAAGAUGGCCAGCUUUGAACAAAACACGGCUCUCUCUUCCAAAAGAGGAAACUGAUUUCUGGGAAAAAGUUCUUGAGUUGAGAACCGAGGUGAAUAGAGUCCUGGAGGUUGCCCGUACAGAAAAGUUAAUUGGCUCCAGUUUAGAUGCCAAGGUCUACCUCCAUACUUCUGAUUCCAGUCUGGCCUCUAGGUUAGUUGAAAUGUCUGCAGCCAACAACGACGCAGACACAUUGCAUCGUAUAUUCAUAACAUCUCAGGCAGAGGUUCUUCCUUCCUUGGAGAAUAAGCUGAUUGAAGAUAUACCCUAUAAAGGAGAAUACGUCAUCGAAGGAAAUAUCAGAGUCUGGAUCGGAGUGUCUCGUGCCGAGGGCUUAAAGUGCGAAAGAUGCUGGAAUUAUUCGCCUCAAGUUGGUUCCUUUCCAGAGCACAGCACCCUUUGCCGCCGCUGUUAUAAUGUAGUUGAUAUUCAACAAUCUCCAGCUGUAGCUGUGGUCAGUUGA